ACACAACACUUUAUGGACAGACCAAUCACAUUGGUCCACUUCCAAGAUUUUUGGGAAACUUGAAUUUAUUGUCCACUCAUUCCAUGCUCAUCUUUCUUUCUCUCAUGGAUAUACAGUGCAUGUGCAUGUCCUCAUCUUCUUCCUUCCUUGAGUCCCCCAAACUGAACAAUAAUUCCUGCGUGAUUCCGCCAUGGCUAAGAAAUCACCCCACAAACAGCACAAACCUUUCCUUCAAGUACAAAAUCUGCUGCUAUUACGCUUGUGCCUGGAAAUGCCAGCAGCAACAAGGCACAUGGCUUGCUCGAAGACCCUUUAUAACAAAGGCGAAGAAAGCUCCCAUGGACUUGACUGAGGAGGAGCCUGCUGUGAAGGUAGCUGAGAAGAAAGGAACUAUUGCCGGCGCAGUGGCUCUUAUUAUUGGCACAAGUAUUGGUUCUGGGAUACUUGCUCUUCCUAAGAAAGCUUCUCCUGCUGGCAUUAUCCCAAGUUCAAUAGCUGUUAUAGUAUGUUGGGGUUUUCUCCUAGUUGAAGCACUAUUGCUAAUUGAAAUCAAUGUGGGUUUGAUGAGAAAGAAGAGGAAAAGAGAAGAUGAAGUUGAAUUAGAUGUCAUAUCAAUUAGGACUAUGGCUCAAGAGACACUAGGAGAUUUUGGUGGAACUUUAGCCACUGUGAUCUAUGUUUUCUUAGGCUACACAUCAAUGAUUGCAUACAGUUCAAAAUCUGGGGAGGUCCUUUUCCAUUUAAUCAAUAUUCCUGAAUCAAUCUCAGGGGGCUUGUUCACAGCUUUGUUCACAAUUCUAAUCUCCAUUGGUGGCACUGCAGCCACUGAUCAAGUCAACCAAUGGCUCACUGUUUCUAUGAUUGGUUUGCUGCUAGCUAUUGAGGUAAUAGCAGUUCUGUUUGGAGGGUGGUCAGGAUUAGAAGGAAAUGGAAACUGGGGAAAAAUCCCAGCUACAGUUCCUGUAAUAAUCUUUUCUUUGGUCUAUCAUGACCUGGGACCUGUUCUUUGCGCUUAUCUGGGUGGCGAUCUGCCGCGACUGAGGGCUUCGGUUCUGCUUGGUAGCAUAGUUCCAUUAUUGGCUGUGCUUGUUUGGAAUGCAGUUGCCCUUGGUCUCUCAGCUCAGACUGAUCAAGUUGAUCCUAUUGAAUCGCUGAUGAGUGUGAGAUGGAGUGGGGUCUCAUAUAUGGUAGAGGCAUUCUCACUUCUGGCAAUAGGAACUUCACUAAUUGGCACUCUCCUAGGCUUCUCUGAGUUUUUCAAGGAGCAGCUCAAGAAUCUUUCAUGGCAUUCAUCCACUACAAGAAAUUUACAGGAACCAAGGAAUCUAGAUGGGUUGAGGGAUUGGUGGGGAAGAAAUAAAAUCAGCUUCACAGCAAUGUCAAUAGUUGUUGUUCCUACACUUCUAGUUUCAACCACAGUUCCAGAUGCCUUCUCUGCUGCUACAGCUAUUGCCGGAGGAUACUGUAUGACAAUGCUGUAUGGAAUUCUUCCACCAGCCAUGGCAUGGGCAAUGUAUGACAGUGAAAGAGAGAACACCAGUGAAAAUGGCCUAUCAAGAGCAAGGCCUGCACUUGUUGGAGUAGGCAUUUUUGCAAGUGGAAUAUUGGUGGAGCAAAUAUGGCAGGAUUUCUCAGCCCUGCACUUCUGACAAGGAUAUCCAAACAUCAUUUUAAUCAAAAUAGAUUACCUAGUUUGCAGUUAACUUGUAAAUUUGUAUAUGCAACUGUUUCUGUCAUUAAUGGCAGAUUUUUUGGGUUCACCCCAUAAACUUUCUUC